UCUCCCAGAUGAAUUGUUGCUUAAGCAACAAUGCAGUUUCAAUUGUUCUUCAGAUAGAAUCCACUAUGUUCCAGUCAGUUUGUUAAGCACUAACACCAGUCCUGUGACUUUCAUGUUGACCCGUGCGUGACCUGUGGGAGGGAGAGCACCUCACCCACCCACGGAAGCCCCUGGAGUGAGGGACAGGAGCCCCUGCCUCACCCGUCUCCCACGCUGCGGUUCUCCCCAGCCCUGGGUGCAGGCGCCCAGGAGACAUGUAUUGCUUUUGUCGAGCUACUUGCUUAGGAGGGUGACUCAGAGUUCAAGCUGGAAAGCACUGGCUUGUGACUCAUGAGCCAGUCCCAGAUCAAAAGGCUGAGGCAUCAAGGUGAGAAUUUUCCUUCCCAGAAGCCUCAUCUCUGCAGCCGGAAGCAGAGCCCUUGGCUGACUGGAAAAACCAGAGAGGCCCCGGGAGUGGGUGGAUGGCCAGCCCAGCCCCACCUCUCAGCCUCCACCUCCACCAGCCCACGCCAAGCUUGUUUGUCUGUGUCCUGUGAAAACUAGGACUCCUGUCUUUUCUUACAUUUCUUUUCUAACUUUUCUUAUAUUUCCCUGUCCCAUGGGUGUUCCACUUAGGGCGUAAUGACACAGGCUCUUCACUGUUUCAUGUCACUUACUUGGGCAAGUCUCUCAAGCUGUUCUACAAACCCAUGCAAAGGCCGUUUAAAAAUAGUAGAGCAGGCCCUGGGCUCGGUCUAGUCCAGCCCAGCCCCUUGGCUUUCUCUCCUGGCUCUGGCCGCCUGGUCCCCGGGGACACACACGAGGUCAUGGCAUGCUGCAGGCACCAGGGCAGGGAGGCGGGGAGCCCAUGGGCACCUCCGCUCCUCCGAGUUCUCCGCCUGGGCCAGGACGAGCACGGGGGUCUACGGAUGCCUGAGACGGUGCCCGUGUGUGUGUGAGCCUCUGACCCACAUAACAGAGAAGUGUCCUGAUGCCCUCUGUCCUCUCCAGGUGGAUCUAGGAUCCGGCUUCCAACAUGUGGCGCCUCUGGGCCUCCCUCUGCUGCCUGCUGGUGUUGGGCGAUGCCCGGGGCAGGCCCUCUUUCCAUCCCCUGUCGGAUGAGCUGGUCAACUAUGUCAACAAACAGAACAGCACGUGGCAGGCCGGGCACAACUUCUACAACGUGGACGUGAGCUACUUGAAGAGGCUGUGUGGCACCUUCCUGGGUGGGCCCAAGCCGCCCCAGAGAGUUAUGUUUACCGAGGACCUGAAGCUGCCUGAAAGCUUCGAUGCACGGGAACAAUGGCCACAGUGUCCCACCAUCAAAGAGAUCAGAGACCAGGGCUCCUGUGGCUCCUGCUGGGCCUUUGGGGCUGUGGAGGCCAUCUCUGACCGGAUCUGCAUCCACACCAAUGCGCACGUCAGCGUGGAGGUGUCGGCGGAGGACCUGCUCACCUGCUGUGGCAUCAUGUGUGGAGACGGCUGUAACGGCGGCUAUCCUGCUGGAGCUUGGAACUUCUGGACGAGAAAAGGCCUGGUUUCUGGUGGCCUCUAUGACUCCCACGUAGGGUGCAGACCGUACUCCAUCCCUCCCUGUGAGCACCACGUCAACGGCUCCCGGCCCCCGUGCACGGGUGAGGGUGAUACCCCCAAGUGUAGCAAGAUCUGCGAGCCUGGCUACAGCCCAGCCUACAAACAGGACAAGCACUACGGAUACAAUUCCUACAGUGUCUCCAAUAGCGAGAAGGACAUCAUGGCCGAGAUCUACAAAAACGGCCCCGUGGAGGGAGCGUUCUCUGUGUAUUCAGACUUCCUGCUGUACAAGUCAGGAGUGUACCAACACGUCACCGGAGAGAUGAUGGGCGGCCAUGCCAUCCGCAUCCUGGGCUGGGGAGUGGAGAAUGGCACACCGUACUGGCUGGUUGCCAACUCCUGGAACACUGACUGGGGUGACAAUGGCUUCUUUAAAAUCCUCAGAGGACAGGAUCACUGUGGAAUCGAAUCAGAAGUGGUGGCUGGAAUCCCACGCACCGAUCAGUACUGGGAAGAGAUCUAAUCUGCUGUGGGCCUGUCCUGCCAGCCUGGGGGAGUUUUCCCUGAAUACAGUCAGGGACGGGGUUAGAAAUGCCUUUUAUUCUUUGAGUUCACGUAAGAUACAAGUUUUAGACAGGGCUUGAAGGACUGGAUUGGCCAAACCUCACAUCAGCCAUCAGAGCUGUCUUCCAAGGAGACACAUCCCAAAUCCUGGCUACAUCGCAGCCUGUGGUUACAGUGCAGACAGUAGGCCAUGGGAGCCACUGCUGCCAGCAGAGAGCGUCCUCCCCUGUAGACCAGCGCCACAGGGAGUGCCUGCUGCCCCAGCUGACUGUGGCCCCCUCCCCGAUCCAUCCAUCUCCAGGGAGCAAGACAGAGACCCAGGAAUGGAAAGCGGAGUUCCUAACAGGAUGAAAGUCCCCCCAUUAGUUGCCCCCAGUACCUCUAAGCAAGUAGCUUUCCACAUUUGCUACAAGAUCAGAGGAGAGAUGGUGUUGGGAGCCCUUUGGAGAACGCCACAUUCUCCCAGACCCCCUGCAUCUAUCGAGUUUGCAAUGUCACAACCUCUCUGAACUUGUGCUCAGCAUGAUUCUUUUUUAAUAGAAGUCUUCUCUUUUGUGCACUCUGCGAAUCACGUGGGUGAGUGAGUCGAACAGCUGGGAGCACCUGUGCUAGUUUUACAGCUUGCCUCCGAUGCUGCGGCUCAAAACGAAACCAAGUGGUGAUGACUUGUUUCUGACCCACUGAUCUCUACUACCACAAGGAAACUAGUUUAGGAGAAACCAGCUUUUACUGUUUUUUAAGAAUUACUGCUUCACCCUGUCAAGUUAACAAGGAAUGCCUGUGCCAAUAAAAGGUUUCUCCUUCAACUUGA